CAACUCAAGACUGUGGAGAAGGAGCCACGGGCUUGGUUUGGUUUUUUAUGUUUCUGUUUAUAAAAUUUCAUUAAAUAAAAUAAAAUAAAUAAUUAAAGGAAUCUGAAAAAUCCUCUUCCUCCUCAGUUCAUGUUUUUGGAUUUCGUUUUUUUUUGUUUUUUUUUUUUGGGUUUGUUUUUUGACUGACUCUCUCCUUCCUAAAACGUAUCAACACCACGCUUUUUAGGCUUGCUCUUUCACUUUCUCUUUCUCUUUCUCUUUCUCAACAAAUCUCAAAUAUCAUCAAUUCAAUUAUACUUGUCUAUCCAUUUCCUUCUCCGCUAAUGAAUCCGCUUCCCCUGUUCCUCUGGCACAUUAUUGAAUCGCUUUUUUAAUUUUGAGUGAAAAUCUUUUGAGGAGGAUUUUCUUUCUUUUGAACCAAUGGCUUCUGUGAGCGUAGUUCCUGCUUCUGGAUUAAUAAGAGAUAGCAGUGCAAGUACAGUUGGUGUUGAUAGGUUGCCCGAGGAGAUGAAUGAGAUGAAAAUUAGAGAUGACAAGGAAAUUGAAGCAGCAGUUAUAGAUGGCAAUGGGACUGAGACAGGUCAUAUUAUUGUUACUACUAUUGGCGGAAAAAAUGGUCAACCUAAACAGACUAUAAGCUAUAUGGCUGAGCGUGUUGUUGGACAUGGAUCUUUUGGAGUAGUUUUCCAGGCAAAGUGCUUAGAAACAGGUGAAGCUGUUGCUAUAAAAAAAGUUCUUCAAGACAAAAGAUACAAGAACAGGGAGUUGCAAACCAUGCGUCUCCUAGACCACCCAAAUGUUGUGGCCCUAAAACACUGUUUCUUUUCAACGACUGAAAAGGAUGAGCUGUAUCUUAACCUUGUACUUGAGUAUGUCCCUGAGACUGUCCAUCGGGUGGUCAAACACUACAAUAAGAUGAACCAAAGAAUGCCAUUGAUAUAUGUUAAACUCUACUCCUACCAGAUAUGUAGAGCACUUUCUUAUAUUCACAACAGCAUUGGAGUGUGCCACAGGGACAUAAAGCCUCAAAAUUUGUUGGUUAAUCCGCAUACUCAUCAACUUAAACUAUGCGACUUUGGAAGUGCUAAAGUCUUGGUAAAAGGGGAGCCAAACAUAUCAUACAUCUGCUCUAGAUAUUAUCGAGCACCUGAGCUUAUAUUUGGUGCAACAGAGUAUACCUCAGCAAUUGACAUCUGGUCUGCAGGCUGUGUACUCGCUGAACUACUGCUUGGGCAGCCUCUCUUUCCGGGAGAAAGUGGAGUAGACCAGCUUGUGGAAAUAAUUAAGGUUUUGGGUACCCCAACAAGGGAGGAAAUUAAGUGUAUGAAUCCUAACUACACAGAGUUCAAAUUUCCACAAAUUAAAGCUCAUCCCUGGCAUAAGAUAUUCCACAAGCGCAUGCCUCCUGAAGCUGUGGAUCUGGUCUCCAGGCUACUACAGUACUCUCCAAAUCUUAGAAGUACAGCGUUGGAGGCUUUAGUUCAUCCAUUUUUUGAUGAGCUGCGUGACCCUAGUACACGCUUGCCAAAUGGAAGAUUCCUUCCCCCGUUGUUUAACUUUAAGGCUCAUGAACUCAAAGGUGUACCCGCAGAGAUGCUGGUGAAGCUGAUUCCUGAGCAUGCAAGAAAGCAAUGUACCUUUCUUUGGUCGUGAGGGAGGGGGUUCAUUGUAGUUGAUUUCUGUUCCUUGCAGAAAAUUUGGUUCCCUGUAGACAGUCAGCCAACCUUACUUGUGUCCUAGGGGAGAAGGAAGUAAUGGUGGCCUUUUUAUUAAAUAGUAUUCUUACAUAAAUAAUAUUAAUUAAUUUAUGUUUACAAUAUUUUUUUAUUUCAAUUUAUUUAUUUUUUCCUUUCUUUGAA